AUGGCGAUUUCAUCAACCUCGAUCCCCAAAUUCGCACUUUCCAACUCUCUUAGAUUAACAAAUCUCAACCCUAAACUCCCUUCAUCUCUCAUCUUCAAAUCCCAGACACCAAAACCACUUACCCUAAAACCCAACCGAAGAAACCAGAUAACAUCCCUCUUCACCGGAAUCGUGGAAGAAAUGGGAAAAGUCAGGGAACUAGGUUUCGACGAAUCCGGCGAAUCAUUCGACAUGGUGAUCCAUUCGCCGACCGUCCUCGAAGACGUCAACCUCGGCGACAGCAUAGCCGUAAACGGCACUUGUUUAACAGUCACAGAAUUCGACUCGGAGCGAUUGGAAUUCAAAGUCGGGCUGGCUCCUGAAACAUUGAGGAAAACCUCGUUGAUCGAAUUGGAAAAGGGUUCGGUUGUUAAUCUGGAGAGAGCUGUGAAACCAUCGACACGAAUGGGUGGGCAUUUUGUGCAGGGGCAUGUGGAUGGAACAGGGGAGAUUGUUUCAAUGGAGGUGGAAGGGGAUUCGUUGUGGAUUAAGGUGAAGACGUCGCCGGAGAUUUUGAAAUUUAUAGUGGCGAAGGGGUUCAUUGCGGUGGAUGGAACUAGUUUGACGGUGGUGGAUGUGUUUGAUGAAGAGGAGUGUUUCAAUUUCAUGUUGGUGGAGUAUACACAGCAGAAAGUUGUGAUUCCAUUGAAGAAAAUUGGGCAGAAGGUGAAUCUUGAAGUGGAUAUAUUGGGGAAAUAUGUAGAGAGGCUUCUUAGCAGUGGAUUUGUGGAGAGUAUAAAAUCAAGAUGA